AUGGCGAAUUUGCUGCUCAAAAUAAGAAAACAAAAAGAUUUUUCAUAUGUAUAUAUACUCACAGAAUGAAGCUAAUAUCCCUAUAGCAGAGAGAUCUUUUCCUUUCUUGUUAUUCAAUUCUUUGCCUAGCUUUUUCUUGUCCAUUGCAUUCUUGGAGAAAUUAAGCAAGCAGCUAGGGUUCAUUCAUGCAUGGAAACCUCUCAAUCUAUUGUGAAUGUUAGUGGAAGUUGCUUUGAUUAUGUUCCUGUUAACUCAGAAGGCAUUUGGAAUUUAAAACAUGGUGAAAGUAUUCUUCAACAUUCUUUUGUUCGGUUUCAGAUUCAAUUGGUUGCAAUGGUGGCAAUUUCCCAUUCCUUUCAUUUCUUUCUUAAGCAUUUGUAUUUCCCUCGACUUACUUCUGAUGUCCUGGCAGGCAUGAUCUUAGGACCAACAUUCUUGGAAAGAUAUUUUCCAAAUGCAUCAAAGCUGCUGUAUCCUCCAGUCCCCAAUCAAGUGUUUGCUUCAUUGUUAAAGAUUGGAUUAGUUUUAUUCACAUUCCUUGCAGCAGUUAGGUCAGACACAAGCUGGAUAACCAAAAUAGGAAAACGAGGGUUUAUUCUUGGGGCUUUAUUGGUUGGAUUUCCAAACUUAAUGACCUUAGAUUUGAAGGUCAUUUAUGAUCCUAAAGUAUCUUUGACUCCUCCCCAGAUUAGUGCAAGGGACAAUAAUGCACUUCUAUAUUUGUCUUCAUUUACCAAAAGCCAAUUUGUUGAUGUUAGUGCUAUUCUAAUGCAGCUUAGGAUCACCAAUUCUCGCUUAGGACACCUUGCUUUGGCUUCGACAUUGCUUGGUGACAUUGCAAGAUUUGUUGGCUCCAAUCUCUGGUAUCUUAGUACCAGAAUUUUUGCUCCAGUAUCGCCAAGAAUUGGGUUUCAGUCUGCUGUUCUUCUGAUUUUCUUUUUCAUGUUGAUUGUAUUCCUGAGAACACUGACCUUAUGGUUCAUUAGAGUGACCCCAGAAGGCGAACCCAUUAAGGAUAUUUACGUUCAUUUCAUAGUUGUUGUUGUUCUGUAUUUGGCAUCAUUGGGUGAUAAUAUGGGAUUGGAAUAUCUUUGGGGUCCUUUUCUUUUUGGCUUGUUAAUCCCGGCAAGGUCUCCAUUAGCAACAACCUUAACAUCUAAGCUUGAUACCGUUGUCUAUGGCUUGCUCGUUCCCCUGCUGUCUGGUUUCUGUGCUUCCAAAUUUAAUUUAUGGGUAUUACUCGACCAUUUUGAAGAUGCUCUCAAUUUUCAAAUGGCCUUAAUAGGUUACAUAAUAAAGUUGGUAGCAACUUAUCUCAUGGUACUCUUUAUCAACAUACCUUUCAGAGAAGCUGCUGCUCUUACUUUAAUUUUGAAUGUUAAAGGCACCAAGGAGAUGGGAACAUUUUUGAGCUACACUACUCUUGAGCUAAAGGAUCUGGACAGUACUAGUGGGAUUUUUUUGAUAUUUCUAUUGACAACGUAUGCACCACCCAUAAUCAAAUUGCUCUAUGAUCCUACUAAACAUUACAUAGGCUAUAAGAAAAAAUGCAUACAGUAUACUCAAUGUAAUGCGGGGCUGGAGAUCCUAGUCUGUGCACAUAAACAAGAGGAUGCCAUGGCAGCAAUCAAGUUGCUUGAACUUUCGAAUCCUACAAAGCACAGUCCUCUUUUCAUUUUUGUACUUUGCUUGCAAGAACUUGUUGGCAGUUAUACUCCUCUUUUAAUCAACCACCAACUAGGCCAAAAAAGCAGUGAUUCUGAAGCAUCCCGAUCACAACCAAUCAUUGAUGUUUUCAAGUAUUUCCAGUCAGAACACAAAAGGUCAGCACUAGUGAACAUCUUCACUGCAGUAUCACCUCUCAGACAGCUCCAUGAAGACAUCUGUAGGCUUGCAUUUGACAAUAAUUGUUCCCUAAUAUUACUUCCAUUUCAUAAGAAAUGGAAUGAGAAUGGCACAUUGGUUGCAAACAGCAAUGACUUGAGGAAACUGAACAAUGAUGUGUUAGAAAGGGCACCUUGUUCUGUAGGUAUUCUUAUUGAUCAUCGUAAAACUCGUGGAUUGUCUCCCAUUUUCGACUCAUCUACAGUUCAUCAUGUUGCUGUAUUAUUCAUUGGAGGUUCAGAUGAUAGGGAAGCAUUGGCUUAUGCCUUGAGGAUGGCAAAAAGCCCUGAAGUUCAACUGACAGUUAUGUGUUUUGUCACGCCUCAGGAAUUUGUCCAUGAUAGUUGGGAAAUUAUGCUCGAUAGUGAAUCUUUGACAAGCUUGAAAGAAGAAAUGUCCGAGAAUUCCAAUAUCAGCUACGUGGAGGAGACAGUAAGAGAUGGUUCUGACACAGCAGCUAUAGUUAGCUCAAUUCAAGGAAAUUUUGAUCUUAUAAUGGUGGGGCGUCGCCAUACACAUCAACCAGAAGCAAUUUCAGGCCUAUCACAAUGGGCAGAGUUGCCAGAGCUAGGGCCAGUAGGGGACAUACUUGCUUCUCCAGAUAUUUCUAGCACAUGUUCAGUUUUAGUUAUGCAACAGCAAAUCUUGAAAGUAGAUCAUAGUAGCAUUUUGAAUUGACUGGUAAGAGGAACCUAUAUAAAAUCAGAAGCACUUGUGUUGUAUAUUUGAGGAGGCAUUGAGUAUUUGAUAGGGAAUUGAGAAGCUUUGAUGUAUUCUUGCAAUUUCCUUGUUCUAGGAGAGGGCAGAAGAGAACUGGUAAGAUUUGGCUUAAAAGUGUAGAAAAAAGUACCAAAUGUAAAGAGGAAAGAGUUAAAGAAAUGUAAUUUGCAGUAUCAUCUGCAGAAAUAUUUCUCUUAGGAAUUAUGAUUGUUUUCUAUCUUUAUAAAUAUAGAACUUCUCUAAACAUGAUUUAGAUGAUUUUCUUUUAAUUGCAUGAG